AAGUGUACAUGGCAUCAUAUUACUAAAGCUUUUGACAAAAACACCAUAUACAUAACACCACAACUUAAUUAACACGACCAUGAUAACAACGUUCCGAUCAUCUAUCAUCAUCUUAGUACUAUUCCUCAUCCUCCCUCUCCUCCUCGUCCUCCUUGCGACCAGCGUCGUCCGCCACGAUCACCACCAUCACACAGACGUUGUCGUUGAUCGUCUCUCGCUCUCAACAAACUCACGUUGGAUUGUAGAUGAUCAAAACAAUGGUAAGAGAGUGAAGCUAUCAUGUUUAAAUUGGGUUAGCCAUCUUGAUACCGCGGUAGCCGAAGGGCUAAGCAAACAACCUUUGGAUGUGAUAUCAAAGAAAAUACUUGACAUGGGGUUUAAUUGUGUGAGACUCACGUAUCCUUUAUAUUUGUUUACAAAUGAGACUUUGGGUUCCAUGACUGUAAGACAGUCGAUGUUGGUGUUAGGAUUGUCGGGAUCCAUAACCGGAGUUCAAGUCAACAACCCCUCUAUCAUUGACCUUUCUCUUAUCAAUGCUUUCCAGGAAGUUGUUUCCAACCUCAACAAAAACAAUGUUAUGAUAAUACUAGAUAAUCAUUUAAGCAAGCCUGGUUGGUGUUGUAACGACAAUGACGGUAAUGGUUUUUUUGGUGACCUCUACUUCGAUGCUGAAGUUUGGAUUAAAGGCGUCACUCGAGUUGCCACCAUGUUUAGAAGUUAUACCAAUGUGGUUGGUUUGAGCUUGAGGAAUGAGCUUCGUGGGCGUAGACAAGACGUCAAGACUUGGUACAAGUACAUGCAAAAAUGUGCAGAAUCGGUUCAUCAAGCAAACCCAAAUGUGUUAGUGAUUCUCUCGGGUUUGAAUUAUGACCUAGAUUUGUCUUUUCUUAAAAGUAACCCUAUCAGCUUAUCUUUUAACAAAAAGUUGGUCUUCGAGAUUCACUGGUAUGGUUUCUCAGAUGGCAACGAUUGGAUCAUGGGUAACUCGAACGAAGUAUGUGGGCGGGUAAUUGACUCGAUGACAAACAGAGCAACGUUUUUGUUAGACCAAGGCUAUCCGUUGUUUAUAAGUGAGUGGGGAGUAGAUCAAAGUGGUACAAAUGAGAAUGACAAUAGGUAUUUGAAUUGUUUCUUGGGUUGGGCCGCUGAACAUGAUCUUGAUUGGGCCUUGUGGACUAUUGUUGGGAGUUAUUAUUAUAGAGAAGGUGUGGCUGGGUGGGAUGAGUCUUAUGGGGUCUUGAAUUGGAAUUGGAAAGAGCCAAGGAAUUCAAGUUUUUUGGAGAAGAUUUCACCCCUUCAAUCUCCUUUUCAAGGACCAGACUUAUAUAUCGUUGGCCAACAUAAAAUCAUCUUUCAUCCAGCAACAGGGCUUUGUGUACAAAGCCAAACAUUGACUUUGGGUCCAUGUUAUAAUGCGGAGGCAUGGGAAUAUACUUCACAAAACACGUUGGGCGUGAAAGAUACAAACUAUUGCUUACAAGCCAUUGGGGUGGGGAUGCCAGUGAAAGUAAAUGUCAUGUGUGCAGGAGUUUCAACAAGAUGGGAAGCAAUAUCAGCCUCUAAAAUGCACCUUGCAUCAAGGAUUAACAAUGGAACUAUUGUUUGCCUUGACAUUGACUCUAGAAACACUAUUGUUACCAAUACUUGUAAAUGCUUAACUAAAGAUUUGUGUGAUCCUGCUUCCCAAUGGUUCAAAAUCAUUGAUAGCACAAGUUCCGUUGGUAUCCAAAAUCUUUCAAUUUGACACAUCUUAUUUGUGAAUCAUCAAGGCAAAUUUAAGCAAAUAAUGUACAAGUUCCCAUCAUAGUUUAGGUUUGAUUAACAUUUA